AUGAGGCGAAUCCUCGUGGACCCGGGUAGCUCUUCGGAGAUUCUCUACAAGAGGGCGUUCCUAGGGAUGGGGUUCACUCUCGAUCAGUUGAGGCCAGUCCGUGUCCCAUUGGUUGGUUUUGAUGGAAUGGUGAUUCAUUCCGAGGGGUUGAUCCGGCUACCCUUGACAGCCAGUAAUGGCUCUCAUAAAUCCCAGGUGACGUUGGAUUUUUUGGUUGCUGAUGUGCCCUCGGCAUACAAUAUGAUCCUUGGUAGGUCUGGGCUUAGUGCUUUGAGGGCGGUACCAAACACGUAUCACAUAGUGUUGAAAUUCCCUAUUCCGGGAGGGAUUGGCAAGAUAAGAGGAGACCAAUGGCAGGCUAGGGAAUGCUACGUGGCCUCCUUGAGUGCCACUAUUGCCAAGGGGUUAGAGUCAGACUCAAGACCGAACCAGGAUGUUGUCCCUCAAGACGGUCAGGGCCAAAUGGAGACAGAAUAA